AUUUCAAAAAUCGGGGAUCACUACUAUCGAGUCAAGUUUUGUUUAUGUUGGUGUAAGUGAGAGAGAGAAAGCAUACGAGAAAGAGGGAGUCUACGCGUCAUCAUAACAAAACAGAGAAGCUGAGGAGCUGUCAAAGUUGGCGAGUUUGCCUUCUCUUCUCAUUUUUCCAGCCCGUUUCAGGAAGUGGUUACAAAUCUUGCUUGUGAUGUAUGCGUAAAGAUUUUUCAUAAUUUUCAUUUCGAUUCAUUCAAUCAGUUUGAUCGCUACGCUAAAGUGAAGUGAACUGCGUACGACUAAAAGUUGUAGGUGGAUAAUUUGUGAAACAAAGGAAAAAAGGAAAAGCACCGUGAUUACUGACAUCACUUUCGGAAACUCCGGUCGAUCGACCUUCAUCUGGCUGUCUCUCGCUCUCAUUGUGAAUUAUUUUUUGUGCAAUUCUCUGUCUCACCGCAAACGGAAAGCACAUUAGGCUGAAAAUUAUUGAUAAGAACAAAGUGAUCUCACUCGGUAGGGCAAAUUAAGCGUGAGUGUGUGUGUGUGUCUUCAGUGGCCAGAUGGUGUUCCUGACUACGAGCGGUAAUGAACACUGCUAGGCCCCGUCUGGUAUCCACCUCAACGCGAAAACUCCAUUCAUCCUCGUCGUCAUCGCCAUCCAAGGGAGUGAAAAUUACGGAGGAAAAACCAUCAGCAACGACGACUCCAGCAGCGAUGAGCCUGGCCGAAGCUGGCGGCGGCGUCGGCGGAACAGGUACCAGUGAAAACGGCGCUUUGGGGGAAACUGCGGAACAGCCUCCGACCAAGUUUACGGAGGCGGAUUUGCAGGCCAUCAAGUUGACCAGUGACACGUUAAAGCGCAACCCAAAAAUGGACUUCAGCAAAACCGAUCUGCUCAAACUGCUGAGCUAUCUGGAGGGUGAACUUCAGGCGCGUGACGUUGUGAUAGCUGUGCUGAAAACCGAAAAGAUAAAACAAUUGCUCAACACAACUCGGUACAGCAAAUCAACCAAUCUUAACGACCCGCAUGCUGCCCUUUAUCGGGACAAUCUCGCCUCGAGCGGGAACAUCGCCAGCCGACAGUCGUCUAUCCAGGCGGCAUAUUCCGAGCACGAGAUGCGACUACUCAACGACCAACGGGUAGGAGUUAGGGAGCAGAUGGAUUCGCUUGCGGCGCUGGUGAUGCAACAGCGGCAGACUCAAGCCAAGAUGGUCGAGGUGCUUAAGGACGCGGAAGAGCGUUACAAAAAGGUGGUCCAGGAGCUCGAGGAUGAGCGACGGAAGCAUGAGCACACCACCGCUCAGGGAGACGAUAUUACCUACGGGCUGGAGAUCGAACGAUCUCGGCUGAAACAGGAGCUGGAGCAUGAAAAAGAACAGCACAAAGUUUUGGAGCUUGAGCUGAAGAAGGUUCAGGAGCAGUUCGAGGCGGAAAAGAAUCGUCAGAAGCAAAUUGUUCUUCUGCUGUUGGCGGAAAGGAAGAAAAUUAUCAUCAAAUAUAUAGAGGAGCGCAAGCGAAGCGAAGACUUGGCACAAAUUCUUUCCGAAGAGAAGCUACGGGUGGAUACGAUUGCGGAAGGAUUGGAGGAGGAAAGCAAAAAGUCACUCCGAAUGGAGGCCGAAUUGGAAGCGCAGACUCAACAGUUUGAUAUCGAAAGGAAAGUGUUGCACCAGAGUUUGGCCAAAGAGGAAAAGAGAAUCAAAGAGCAGGAACUGGAAAUUCAGCAGCUCAAGCUGGAAAUCGAACUUUUGAGGAAGCAGACGGGUAUUCGACAUCCGAUUGUUGCUCCUCAGCUUCCUACCAAACCGGGCGGUUUGAUGCCAUCAAGACCAUCGAUCGGAGGCGCCGCUCCAGAAGUAGACAGCGUGGCAUCGGCCUGCUCUUCCGCUUCCGCUGCAGUUGGCUCUGUGGCAUCUGCUUCUGGUGCUUCUUCUGCUGCUGUUGCUGCUGCCGCCACUGCUGGAUCCGCUGCUGCCGCUGCCGCUGCCGUCACCGCCACUGGUGUUGGGAUUUUGCCACCCAGCGCAAUGAUUAGUAGUGUGGCCACCAAGGUGGUCCAGCCAACCGCUACCGUGUCUAGCGUGCCCGUUUCCGGACCAACAACGGGAAUCGCUCGCUCCGUAUCUCCCGGACAGCUGAUUCGACAGACGGCCAUUUCACAGCUGUCGAUAACGUCGCCCCCGCUUGGACCCAGCCCCGGUUUGAACAGCAGUGUACCGAUUGCACCUGCAACAGACACUUACGUCAACGCACCCACGGGCAAGAUGGCCACCGUCAGAAAAGCCUCGUCAUCGCCGGCUGGAUGUGCCGCUGGUAUCGGGGUGUUGUCCGGAGUAGGAGGAGGUUCAGCAGUUGCCGUUAAGAAGACAAUAAUUCCACCGGUGGGAGGACGUGGUGUGCCGCCUCCAAUCCCACCCAACAAACCGCAGAUUCCGCCGAAACUAUCCAGCACCUCGGCUGCGGCAGCCGUCGCCGCUGCGGCCGUCUCAUCACGUAUACCGUUUCUAAGCAAUAGCAAUCAGAGCAGUAACAGCACGAUCAGCAGUAGUAACAGUUUAGCCAAUAGUAAUAGCGUUGGAUCAUCAGUAUCAUCGCCGUCCUCUGUAUCGUCACCACUACUGACAUCAUCAGCAUCAUUGUCAUCGUCACCUUCAUCAUCAUCGCCAUCCUCUUUAUCCUCCACUAGCGCUAGCAGUUGUUUCGCCGCACCCCCUGGGGUUCAUGCCAGUGGAACGCAACCGCCCACAAAUAAUCUUAUCGCAUCUUCAACAGUCGCAAACAAUCCCGUUGGAGCAGCAGCAGCUGCAGCUGCAACAGCAACAGCAUCUGCCGCCACACCACAGACAGCUGUCGUCCCAACCGCCGCCACCACCACAACAGCAUCACAAAAUUCUGCGGCGACAGCCUCAUCUUCAUCCGUUUCAGCCGCAGCAGAAAUACUGACAAACAUCGGUUGCGAAGAAAUUUCAUAUGGUGGAUUCAACAAAUGAUGAAAACGGUCUGAUUUGAGUGGUACUUGCUGUAGGAUCAAUUUGAACGAUUAUGUUUUGUGAUCAGUGUUUGAACUAAAAAAGAGUACAGUAUUAAGUAAAAUAAUUUUUCAUUUUUUGAAAAUUCACUGCAGUUUGCAUACAAAACGUAUUUCUUGCAGUGUAAACAAGCCAUUCAAAUUCUUUUUUGUUUUAAAUAUCAGCGAUUCAGCUUGGGAAAUAAAGAAGUAAACAGUAUAAAAAUAAAGCAUUGUAAAUGAAA